UUAGUCGCUUGAUAAUUAAGCCUCACUGACGGAUACACACUGGUGUACCAAUGAGGAAGGAAUAGCGUAUGGUAAUAAUCAACAAAUCUAACAAAAUAAGGGAGGUUCAUUGCAUGUAAUGCACUUAUAGCCGGGCGUCUUCGUCGCGUGAGAGAAGGAAGACAAACAGAGCAUGCUCCACGAGCCGACACUUUUUUCGUUUGGAAUUUUGCGGGUUGUAAAUGAUUCAUAGAGCAAGUUUAUUUAUAAGCGGAGUAAUUGCGCGCAGCUCGCGCAGUUAGUCAGUGUGUUACCAACAGCUAUGAGUGUGUGUGUUGUUUUCGGGUGAGCGCUUGCGUGUGAGUAAAAGCCGGACACCAAUCUGCAGAGGAGACGGAGAGGAGAGGAGAUUCCAGACGAAAGAAACAGUGAGCGUGAGCAGACUUCGUGAAAGAAAGUCUAAUUAAUUUGGCUUUAAUUCUGGGGUUUUAUCGAAUAUAUCAUCCAGCCCUGCCAGUCCAACGGUUGGUCAAGGAAAUCAACUGUUGCUGCAGCCGAGUGGUUUUCAAAGGGACAUUAGGUUAAUCACAAUUGACCAAUUCCGUGUUGCUGACUCUGAAUCUGGACAUGGGUUUGAGAAUGCCUUUUUAACCAUCACCUGGACCUGCUUUAUUUAUUGUGCUGCGCGCACCCGGCGGCCGGAUGCAUGUUGUUCAUGGUCUGUUCUGAUACUGCAUAGAGAAUACAUGCUCUUCCAGAAUGAUCCUACUCCACGCCUCUCCUGGCUUUUUGAUAUUGGUUUAUCAUAUUUUUCUAUCAGUCAGUAGCAGUUGCUUGUAGGCAAGUAGACACAUUUGGGCUAUUUGAACAAUUCCAAAGGCAGUUGGAGGAUAAUAGUGGAUUUUUUAUUUCUUUGUGACCUUGCCUUUUCGGCGUUAAUCCAAGAGGAUAGAUGCUAAUGAUGGAGAAUAACGGCAUGGACGCGCAUCAGGUUGGAAUCAAUCCUGAAUACGAGCCGGAGGGCCGGCCGCGGUCAUGCACUUGGCCGCUGCCGACGUGUCCGGAGGAUUUCCCUCGGGGAGUGGAUGAAGCAAAUCGAGGUCUGCCCCUGGCAUCUGUCAAACUGGAGCAGCUUCAGUACAACGUGCCGGCAUGCCGCGGUGGAGCAGCCGAGGGAAGAGGUGGCGCACCCGCGGAGCUCAAACAUCCAGCCGGCGCCCCGGUCCCCAUCGCAGCCGGCGCUCCUACAUGCAUGUCUGGGGCUGCCCUCGACGUGGCCGGUCAGCUGCGCAAAGCCAAGUCGUCCCGGAGGAACGCGUGGGGAAACCAGUCGUACGCGGACCUCAUCACGCGUGCCAUUGAGAGUGCCCCUGAGAAGAGACUCACUCUGUCGCAGGUUUACGAUUGGAUGGUGCGCUUUGUCCCUUAUUUCAAGGAUAAAGGCGACAGCAAUAGUUCAGCUGGAUGGAAGAACUCCAUCCGCCACAACCUGUCCCUCCACACUCGGUUCAUCCGUGUCCAGAAUGAGGGGACAGGGAAGAGUUCCUGGUGGAUGCUGAACCCAGAGGGGGGGAAGAUGGGGAAGGGACCCCGGCGACGCGCCGCCUCCAUUGACUGCCCCAACGGCACCAAGAUCCUGAAGAGUAAAGGACGAGCCAGGGGGAAGAGGGCUGGAGCUGGAGCUGGGAGUGGAGCUGUUGGUCGGGGCAGGCGGCAGGGUUAUGGUCUGGGUCAGGGGGCUCGGCCAGGGAUGCAUCAGGGGUCUCCGGAGCAUGGUAGUCCUGCAGGGAAGGGCGGAGUAGGGGUGGGAGGAGAGGAGUACGAUGCCUGGACGGAUCUCCACUCCCGGACCUCCUCCUCAGCUUCGACGCUCAGCGGCUGCCUGUCUCCCAUCCUGGCCGAGGCUGAGCCAGAUGAGCCAGAGGAGGGAGGCCUGUCCUGCUCCACUUCCCCACGUCUCUAUCCCAGCCCUACUUCCACUCGCUCCCCUGCCCUGGGCACUGGGGGGCACUGCCCUGGCACCUCAAUGGAGCUACCCCAACUCACUGACCUGACUGGGGCUAUCAGCCUGGACGAGGGCUACCCCCACCCCCAGAACCACCCUCCGACUCAGCCUCGUAAUGGCUACCCCAGCCCCUACGGCUCCAGCCCCAAGGGGGAAGGCUCCUACUGCGGCCCCGUCUAUGGGCAGCCAUCCCUGGGCAUGCUGCGGCUCCACGCCCCCAUGCCCAUGCAGACCAUCCAGGAGAACAAGCCAGCCAGCUUUCAGCGCCCCCUGAGGGCCUACUCAGAGAACAAUGCCCUGCAGAGCCUGCUGACCGGAGGGCCUGGAGGUCCUCAGUACUGCAGUAAGGACAUGGUCACAAUGGGAGGGGAAGGAGGGGAGUCACACACGCUGCUGACCCAGGUAACCAAUCAGAGUCGCAGCAGCCACAAUCAUAGCCAUAGCAACCAUAAUCAUAAUAACCAUGAGCACAGACACAAUCCAGGCCCACACAAUGGUCACGGCUCAGUUCAUGACCAGAACCCCAGCGGUCAUCAUCAGAAUGGUCACCACAAUCACGGUCACCCCAACCUGGACUACAACCAUAGCCACAAACAUCACCUCAGCCCGGGAACUGACUACAACCAGAGUCACAACCACAAACUGAACCCAAGCCAUGACCACACUCCCCGGUCCAAUCAGGGUCACCUCCAUGGUCACCUCCAGGGGAGACCUAGACCUCCAGCCGUCCAGGCUCUUUCUCCCAGAGUCAACACAGAUAUCCUGCAGCCCUACAGCCUCAAAACCCCCACCCCAACCCCUAGCCACUAUGGCCCCCUUGCCCCCCAUCUCCCCACCACCAAUCCCCCGUCCCUGCCCCCCAACCCCGCCUCUGUUCUUGACAUACCCCAGGACCCCUGCCUCCGCCUGGCCUCCGCCCCGGCCCCUCACCCCCACCCCCGCCACCAGCCCUACCCCGGUACCACCUACCACCAGGGUAUAACUAUGACCGACUCCUGGCAUGGCUACUACCAUCACACCCUCCACCCCUCCCAGAACUACCAGGGACACCCCCACCACAGCAUUCACCAACCCAACCGCAUGGCUCCAGACCUGGAUGUAAACGUAGACGUUCUCCCCAGCAGCCUAGACUGUGACGUGGAGUCCAUCCUCCUCAAUGACUUUAUGGACACAGAGGGGAUGGGGAUGGACUUCAACUUUGACGGCUCCCUGUCUCAAGGAGUGGGCAUGGGCAUGAGCAUAGCGGCUUUCGCCGGAGCGCCCCAGGGACAUCACAGUCAGAACUGGGUGCCUGGGUGAAGGGGAUUGGUCGGGGAAGCCCAAGGGCCAAUCAGGACACAGCAGAAAGGCUUUCACCCACAAGGCUGAGCUGCAGGGAACAGAGGUCAGGGAUCAGGGUCAGAACGUACCCUUGGACUGACUGUCUGAUUGACUGUGAUGCUUAAUGCUACAAGACAAAAGAACUGAAUAUGUAUUGUCAUGUUGUUUCCUGAGGGUCCCUUACAAUCUCUAUUCUCUCAUUCCCUCUCUUCCUCUCUCUCUUUGUUCAUUCUUUCCUUUCUCUGUUCCUCUCUCUGUGUUCUCUCUCUCAUUCCCUCUGCACUCGUUCUCUCUACUCCCUCUCCCCCUCUAUCUCUGUGUCCCUCCUUUCUCUCCUGUGAUGGAGUAGCACCACAGCCCCCUGCCAGCUCUGUGUUAUACCCCUUGUUCAUGUCCUUCAGUUGGUCUGCUAUACUGUAUCACGCACUUUACAUCCAUCGCUUUCAAAACAGAUGCAGUAUAACAAAGACCGGGGGGGAAGUCAUAGUUUGUGUUGGCUUAAGUUGAAUUCAUGCAAACCACUUCAUUAUCCAUCUCUUCUUAUAAAAAAGAGAGAGGCGGUAUCUUACUUGAGAACAGGAUCAAACAACUGCAUAAAUAAAUAGGUUCAGCGGGUUGAGAUGAUUGUUUUUCAUAUGGGUUGGAAGGUAGGGAGGUCGGGGAAUGGGUGGAUGGAGGGAGGGAUAAAGGAAGAGGGGGUUGGCUUCACCAGGGUCAGGGCGAGUUCUCCUUCUUCCUCAAGGAUGGAAGGAUGGAGGGAUGGAAGGAUGGAAGGAUGGAGGGAUGGAGGGAUGAAAGGAGGGAAGGAUGGAGG